CUUUGGCUGAUGAAGAUGAUGAAGUUCGAAGCAACGCUGCUUUUGCAGUUGGGCUUCUUUGUCAACAUACACGUGUAGACAUUAGUAGUAAAUAUGGAGAUAUACUUUCUAGUUUGCAUCCUUUAUUUACAGGACAAUCAUUAAUGAAUGUCACUGAUAAUGCAUGUGGAGCAGUAUGUAGAAUGAUUAUGGCUUGUCCUCAAGCAAUUCCAAUGGAACAGGUGUUAGAAGUAGUAUUGCGAAUGUUACCAUUAAAACGAGAUUUUGAAGAAAACGAGCCCGUUUUUAAAUGCAUAAUCAUGCUUUUCCGAGCCAAUAAUUCAUUUGUCUUUAAUCAUAUUCUCGAGUUACUGAAUAUAUUUGCGAAAGUUCUUUCCCCGCCUGAAGAUCAACUUAAGGAUCAAACACGCCAAGAACUAAUAGAGCUUAUUCAAGCACUUAAUCAACAAUUUCCUGAUGUAGUUCUUAAAUCAUCAUUAAGCGAAUUAAUACAGUUUUAA